AUGUCCUUGGUCGUGGGGGCUCCUGGGUCUGAUCUGCAAGACAAAGGAAGCUUGAGUAAUUUGCCGUUUCGUGGAAGCUUCGUGUGCGGCUUGACAUACUUGUUAACGAGAUUGGAAGAGGCACGACAGGUUCUACAGAAAAUUAGGCCAGCAGAUGCUGAUAUAGAUGGAGAAGUAGAAGCUAUAAUGGAUGCAGCAUCUAAUGAUGUGGAAGAGGGUAAUAUUGCUAAGGUUUUCCAGUCUGCUCCAGUAAGAAGAGCACUCUUCAUUGGCUGCCUCCUACAGCUUUUCCAACAAAUAUCUGGUAUUAACACUGUCAUGUACUACAGUGCCUCCAUCAUUAGCAUGGCUGGAGUGAGAGACCAGAGCCAAGCUAUAUGGUUGGCUGCUGCAACAUCUUCUGUAAAUUUCUUCGGUACAUUCAUUGGCCUGUGGCUGGUUGAACGUGUUGGGCGGCGCUCACUCACUUUAGGAUCCUUGUUGGGAAGUACAGCAUCCUUAUUGGUCCUUGCAUUAAGCUUCCAGAUGGCUUACAUUCACAGUCCAGAUGUUUUGGUCCCCUCAACUACAGAUGACUGCCAGGCUUCCAAUUGUGGAGUUUGCACAAGCAGGUCUGAGUGUGGCUUUUGCUUCAUUGGUGAAGUUAGUAACAUAACAAACUCCUCUUGUGUAGCAGCAGAUCAUUCAGCGUUUAAUGAGAUGAGUGUCUCUGGAGUUUGUGCCAAUAAGACCAUCCUAGAAGAUGAUUUUGCAGUCUUUGCAUAUGACUGGUGUCCUUAUCAGUAUGCUUGGAUCUCCAUUCUGGGUCUAGGACUCUAUUUGGCAUUUUUCUCUCCAGGUAUGGGACCAAUGCCAUGGACCAUCAAUAGUGAAAUUUACCCUGGUUGGGCACGCUCAACCUGCACCAGCAUCACCACUGCAGUAAACUGGGCAUCGAACCUUCUUGUGUCACUGACUUUUCUCACUCUCACAGAGGUUUUGCUCAAGCAUGGUGCCUUCUACCUGUACAUGGUUUUAGCUGCCGUUGGCUUCCUUACUUUCUACUUCAUUCUUCCGGAAACUCGUGGAGUUCCGCUAGAAAAUAUGGAAAGACUCUUUUCAAAGCCGUUUUGUUCGAGGCAAAGGAGAGAAAGAACAAAUACUUUAGUUUACGACUAUAUGCAGUAUAAAUAUGAAAUUUUUAUGUUACGGUUGUAA